UCCAUCGCGAAUUAUUAAUUAUUCGUAAUCAACAAGGGAAGUGCUUCCUGGUUUAUAUAUUUGGAAGUGAUUCCCGAAUAUUUAAGAGCACCAGGAAGACGAAGAUCAAUUGUUUUGGGCCUGUCAAAACACUGACUGCGGCCAUCUUGAUUUAAAGGCCAACGCGAAGCGAACGACAGCGACCAAUAAGUGGGCGCUCUGCAAUACCGGCGGCGGAUAUCUUAUCUCGGGCAGAUAAUAAUAGAUUGUAAAAUAAAAUAAUAGUACGCCGGGGACUCACCAAAAACUAAAAAGAAGCGUAUGUGUAGCGACGCUCUCGUAGUGAGAGAGACGUCCAUUUUUAUUUAUUCUCGUUUUGAUAGUAAUCAAAGGCGCAUCAUCGCCAGUGAAAAAUUAAUUAAAUUUUAAAAUUAUUAAAUUUAAAGUACAAUGUCUGGACGAGGAGCCAUGCGGGGUCGGCGUCGAAUUGACGGAGGGAAGAUUCCACAACCACGUCGCCCUCGAGGACGUCCACCAGAAAGGAGCAAUACAAGAAGCAGGGAAAACGUUGGAGGUGCUGCUGCUGUGGAUGCAAACCAAGAUAAUCAAGAGCAGCCUCCGCGCCAACAGGAUGUAGUGGCUGCAGAAUCUUUGUCACAAUUAAGACAUGAUCUGUAUUCCAUUGUUGAAACGGCGGUUGCUGCAGCAAUGGCUAGUGCAGCCAGAGGUGGACUUCAGUCUGGCGUUGGCCAACGUGGUGGGGAACACCGUGGUAGAGUAUACCGUGGUAGAGUAUACCGUGGUGGAGUAUACCGCGGUAGAGUAUACCAUGGUAGAGUAUAUCACGGUAUAACUUAUCGUGGAAACGGUUAUCGUAGAGGCUGGUUUAACAACAAUAGGAGUCAACGAGGUGGUCGCCUGGGAAGAAGUUACUAUUUCGACGAGGUGGCCCUAGCAGUAUGUGAUAAGAAUGUAUGUGAUAGAAAAUUAUAUACCUCUUUUUUUAAAAAGUAAAUAAACUUUUAUAAGUAAAAAUAAAAAAUUUGUAAUUUUAUUAACAUGGAUAUUGUGAGUGUUGAUUCUAAAAUAUUCAUCUACCUUGAU